UUUAAAUAUAUAGUCAACUAUGUAUCCACGACUUUUUAUUUUUCAUGUAACAUUUUGAUGGGUUGAUUUAAUCGGACUUAUCCAACACAUUACUGAUUAUCUUAUCAUUUUUCGUUAUCACUUCCUUAGAACUGAUGAAUGUGAAUGUUAAAUGGGUUUCGAAAUCUUAUCUAAUGUUGUUCAUUCAGUAUUUUUGAAAAUUAACCUAUGUAGUCGAAAAUUUCAAUUUAUUAUCAGAUAUAACUAUCUCCAUGCUAUUUUAGCCUUCUUUUUUUAAAAGAUACACUUAUCUGUCAUAUGAUUCGACAAUUUCAUUAAAUUGAAAAUUUGUACUAGGUUUGAGAUAACAGUAGUUACUGAAGUUAAUCAUUGUUUUUCUUUAUUGGUUAUUAAAGUUCAGUUACUUCCGCUCCAUCUUAUCCAAUCACAUCAUUUUAUUUCGAUUGUACAUGUAGGUAUUCGUCUGUAAGUCUUUGUAUAAGAUAAGCCUUUUUUUGGUUCCUCCAAGCCGGUACUGUCUCUUACUUAUUAAUUUGGCAAUUUUUCAGGAAUUACGUACAUUCCUUGAUUCUCGCAUUUAAUAGACUUAUUGACCAGCUUGCGAUAAAUUUUUUCUGACCUCAUCUUUUUUAUGAUUGGUCAUUAUUGUCAAGGUUACCUCUACUACUAUUUAGUCUAUUGGACUAAAUAAGUUAUGACCAAGCUUCUUCCUUUCCCAACUUCGAUAUUUUAGUGACAGUUACUAAAAAUGGAUGAAGUAAACUCUCAUGUGCUUUACCUACCUCCUGAUAAUGUCACCAAUUUUUGGUUUUAUGCUGUCCUUGCAGCAAUGAUAAUUUUCUCAUAUUUUGUCGUGAGAGGGAUUAGAGAGAUUUAUUUUGAAACAAUAACCCCAAAUUUAUGUCGUGUUCACCAAUCACAUAAGCCAACAAGUUAUGGUUCUGAUGAGAAUGGAACGAGAACUGGUCCACACUCAUGAUAAACUGCCUUUUAUUAACUGUUACAGUCGAUUUAUUUUCCGUUAUGUAUGUAAAUCGUUUAACAUUACCGGUCUUGCCAUUUCCCUUUCAAUUUAUUUGUAAGAAGAUGGAUAUUUUCCAACUUCCUUAUUUCUGAAAAUAAUACUGUUAGGGGGAACAUUUAUCUAUUGUCAUUAAAGCCACGGUUCUGAAUAUGUAUAUUUCAUUCAUGAAGAAAAUUAUUCGUUUUUCAUGGUAUAUACAAUAUAUUUCAGUAAUAAAACAUACACUUUAUGUUAUGAA